GGGCGGCCGGCUCUCUUUCAGCUCCGUGAGCCAUAGAAGCUCAUGGAAAACAGCAGACACAGCAGCCCUGGGGACAGGGAGCUUCCAGAGAGGCCCGUGACCCGGCCACAGGGCCGCCGGGGCCGCACACCAAAAGCCACUGGACUCUCAGCCCGGCGGGCACAGAAGGCGAUGAGCUCAAUGCGGGUGCUGGUGGUGGAUGCGCCCACCCGUGCCAGCGUGCCCGUCCAGAGGCACAGGGCGUCCUUCAGGGGGACACGGUCAUCGUCCUCCUCCCUGGCGAGCCCCCCGGCCUCCAGGACCAGUGCCAUGGGCGGCCUGGGUGCCCGCGUGACCCGCCGCGCCCUGGGCAUCAGCAGCGUCUUUCUGCAGGGGCUGCGGAGCUCGGGCCUGGCCUCUGCGCCUGCUCCCGGCCUGGGGAGGGAUCUGGACGCCGCCGAGGACCUGGGGGGCUGCCUGGUGGGGUACAUGGCCCAGGUGCAUGCCCUCGAGCAGGUGAGCCGGGAGCUGGAAGCCCAGCUGCGGAGGCACCUGGAGAGCAAGGCCGGGCGCGCUGAGCAGCAGGGCGCCCUCAGGGCCUCCUGGGCCAGCAGCUGCCAGCAGGUGGGUGAGGCUGUCUUGGAAAACGCCCAGCUCGUGCUGCAGACAGAGAACAUCCAGGCGGGUGCGGAUGCCUUCAAAGACAGAUAUGAAAAUGAGCAGUCAUUUCGAAAGGCAGUGGAAGAGGAAAUUAACUCUCUCUAUAAAGUCAUCGACGAAGCUAAUUUGACAACAAUGGACCUGGAAAGUCAAAUAGAAAGCCUGAAAGAAGAGCGUGGCUUUCUGUCAAGGAGCUAUGAAGAGGAUGUGAAAGCGCUGUGUCAGCAGCUGGCAGUGUCUGAGCUGGAACAGGUGGACGUGCCCCAGGGCACUGGUCUGGACGCCGUCCUGGAGACGAUCAGAAUUCACUGGGAGAGAGAUGUCGAGGAGAGCCGGAUGGAAGCAGGAGCUUUGCUCCAAGCCAAGCAGGUGGCCCUGGGGCAGAGCGAGGAGGAGCGGCUGGCGGCUGCCCGCCGCCGGGCGGAGCUGCAGGGCGCCACGUGCCAAGCGCAGAGCCUGCAGGCGGAGACGGAGUCCCUGCGGGCCCUGAAACGAGGCCUGGAGAACACAUUGCAGGACGCCAAGCACUGGCAUGACCUGGAGCUGCAGAACCUGGGCGCCGUGGUCCGCAGGCUGGAGGCGGAGCUCCAGGAGAUGCGGGAGGAGGUGGAGCGGCAGCAGCAGACCCGCAAGCAUCUGCUGGCACACAGGUGCCAGCUGCAGAGGGACGUGGCGUCCUGCCACGAUCUGCUGGACAGGGAGGAGAGCCGGUAAGAAAGAAAGCCCCAGAGAGCUUCAGUCAUUUGCUCAAGCUAGUGGAGAAACCUCUUUUCAUGAAGAAAACGCUGCCUCCUCACCGAGUGGCCAAUGGAGUGCCUUGAGGAGUCUUUCCCGCCUGCUCCCCCAUCUACCCCAAACCGCCUCCCAUCCCCCACACUCCCGGAGCUGGAUUCCCUGCUAGAUCCCCUUGAGCUGAAAAGCUUCCCAGGAGUGGAGAGGGUUCUUUGGCCUUAAACCGAAGUAGCCUGUGGCUUGGGCAGCCUCCCUGCCCCUCUCUCUGCCAAUAAAUGCUUUGCGUGCAGCU